AUGGCCUCAAUCCAGCUCCUUCAAGCUACUGUCCAACCCUCUUUAACCUCAUACAAGGCCACAGCAUUAAAGGGUCUUGAGUCCUGCUCUACCAUGGCCGAGCUGAAACAAUGCCACGCCCAAUUAAUUAAACUUGGACUGUCACUAGAUAAUGAUGCUAUGGGGCGUGUCAUCAAAUUCUGUGCUAUCUCGAAACCGGGAGAAUUAAGCUAUGCCCUAAAGGUGUUCGACUGCUUGCCUAAUCCAGAUACGUUUAUUUAUAACACAAUCCUCAGAGGCUAUUUACAAUCAGUUUUAUAUGGAAAUGUAAUGGUUCUGUAUACUCGUAUGUUGGAAAGUUUUGUUGUGCCGAAUAAAUUUACUUUCCCUCCGGUUAUUAGAGCUUGUUGCAUUAACUUUGAGGUCAAAGAAGGAAAGCAAGUGCAUGCUCAUGUGAUGAAACUUGGGUUCGGAUCAGAUUCUUUCUGUCAAAAUAAUCUGAUUCAUAUUAGCAGCAAUAGUCGACAACAGAAGGCUGUAGUCGUCGGUAGCACUCACCGAUAG